CACACACACACACACACACACACACACACACACGCGCGCUAGCGGGAGGAUGCUGCCUCGGUUCAGACAACAGACGCAGAGCUGAGGAGGAACCGGACGGACUACCGGACGGACUACCGGACUACCGGACGGACUACCGGACGGACUACCGGCUCUCCCGCACCGAGCCCCGCGCCCCGUCGGUGUGAUCGUCCGGUGAGCCCCGGAGCGACGGGAGGAUGAAGAAGAGCCACCACAGAGGACGGGGCCUUCAGGACUCGGGUCAGCAGGCGGUCCAGCAGCCGGAGAAAGUGGGCUGGGUCAGGAAGUUCUGCGGUCGAGGGAUCUUCAGGGAGCUGUGGAGGAACCGGUUUGUGGUCCUGAGAGGAGACCAGCUGUACAUCUCUGACAAGGAGGUGAAGGACGAGCGCCGAGCUCAGGAAGUGUUCCACCUGGCCGACUACGAGCGCUCGGAGGAGCUGCGGAAAGCCAAGAGUCGCAGCAAGAAGAACCACAGCCGCUUCACUCUGCUGCGCUGCAGACAGCCGGGGACCUCCGUUCCUAACCUUGUGUUUCUGGCGGUGAGUCCGGAGGAAAAGGAAUCGUGGGUCAAUGCCCUCAACGUAGCAAUCAUCAAAGCCAAGAACCGCAUUUUAGACGAGGUGACCAUCGAGGAGGACAGCGCGCUGGUUCAUCCCACCAGAGACCGGGCAAAGAUUCCUCAUGGCCGCCGGCUGCCGACCAGAGGACACCUCAUGGCCGUGGCGUCCACCUCCUCCCAUGGCAUGCUGACCCUCGACCUGGUGGCUGAGGAGGAUGGUUUCUCCCCGGACUACGAUGGAGACUCCCGGGUAUCCUGGGAGAACUUCCACCUCGACAUGCAGAGGGGGGGUUCCUGUGGAAAGGGGGCCGUUGUUGAAUCCUGGGGGGUCGGAGUUCGUCAGCGAGCCGGCACUGACGUGUCGAAGCUGCGGGCAACCCCCAAGGAGCCCAAGGUGAAGACCAGCAGCCUGCCCAGGGGGAGCGAGUUGUCCUGGGGAAAGCAGUCCUACCUGGAGGCCUCCAAGGUCCACAAGACCCAGCAGGUGCAGGUCCUGAGCGCUCAGUCUCAAACGCCUCAGCCGGGAAAGAGAUUCAGCAUGCAGGGUCGAAGUCGCUGUUCCUCCAUGGACGAAGUCCUCUCCUCCAGACCGGCGAUGAUUCGCUCCGAGUUGCGCUCAGCUCUUCGGCGUUGUCCAACUGAAGAGGAGACAGGGGGCGGGGCUUCGGUGCAGCCGGUCGGUCAGCUGCAGAGCCUCAUCGCUCAAAGGAUGCAGAGAGCUCAGGAGCUGCUGGAGGAGAUGAGACUGCAGGAGCUACAGAAGGCCAAAACGGAGAGGGAACGAGGAGGCAGCUCACCUUACCUGAAGGGCAUCGACUCCCCCCGCCUCCACCACCUCAGGGGCUCAGACUCUCCUCACUCCAGCAGGUCGUCUGGAUCUCCGAGGAGCAAGAGCAGUGACUCCCCUCGCCUCCGGGGGAAAGACUCUCCCCGUCUGAGAGGACGAGAAUCUCCUCGAUCUAAAGCCAAGAGGACUCGCUCCAGAGGAUCCCACUCGCCCGCCACUAAAGCGAAUGACUCUCCCCGACUGAAAGAUACACCUCGUCUGGCCGACUCUCCUCGGGCAAAGAGCUCCGACGCAGUCCGUUCACCAAAACCCGAGAGACCCUCCGGCUCCUCUUGUCUAAGCAAGGAGGACGAGUCUCCCGUCCAGAAAUCACCUCAAUCACCUCCAUGUGCCGGGGGAUCCGACUCCUCUCGGGUUAAAGGAUUCGAUUCACCACGAGGGAGUGAAACGGACUCUCCUCAUCUGGGGAGCAGCAAAGAGUCGCCAAGUCCAAGUCUGAAGAACUCCCCUCGCUUCUCCGGAUCCUUCGAGUCCACACAGUCCAAAACCCCCGAUGAGCACCGCCCGUCUCCACCUCCCUCCUUGCUGUCGGAGGAAGACCCGGAGGUGGAGAGGAGGCGCGGAGAGGCCGAGCGCCUCCUGGAGGAGGCCGUGUCGUCGUGGAAGGAGGCGCAGGAGGUCCUGCAGGAGGUGAAGGAGCUGCAGAGCCAGACGCUGCGGCGGCAGCGCAGGAGGACCUACGAGAAGACGGCGCUGACGGCGUCCGGGUUGUCCAAGGCGCCGGCGGCGGCGGACGAGGAGGACCCGCCCACCUCGCCGACGUCGCCCGAAGACGAGGACGAGACGCCGUGACGAGGAGGAGCAUUCUGAUUCUUCUUCUUCUGAUUCUUCUGAUUCUUCUUCUUCUCUGGACGUGAAGUGAGAUGCGUCUCCAUGGCAACAGAUCAAUUUUUCCAAACAAAGAUGUCAACAUUUAUACAACGGGGAAUUUUUUCAAUAUGACAAGAACACGAAGGCACUGAAGAGCUGGUUAUCGAUACUUCAGAUUAUUAUAUAUUCUUAAUGUGUGAUGAGUUGGUUUAGCGGUAGCGUUAUUUAUCAGGAAGUUUAAUGUUUUACAAGAUGAAGAGAGAAAAAAGCAAUAAUGAGAAACAAAGAAUACGUCUUCCUCUGCUGAGCCAGAACAGAUAUAAGCUCCUCCCACAGGCUGUUGAAAUAAUGAGGCGAUAUUAACAUUAACAUUAAUAUUAAUAUUAUUAUCAUUAUCAUCUUGUGAACUAGAUCUAAACACUCAAUUUGGUUGAAGGGACAUUUAAAAGUUAAUAAAGCAGGAUUUAUUAUUAUUCCAUUUUACCAAAUUAUUUAACACAAUUAACGGGAUAUUUCAGGUAAUUACACAUUUCUAUUUUAUUUUUUAAAAAGCACAUGAACUCGGGAUUUUUUGAAUAAAAACAUAACUUUGAGAAACGACUUAAAUUGUUUAAAAAAAAUAAGGAACAAGAUAUUUUACAGUUAAAAUAUAAACUUAUGACCAAAAACAGUUAGACUUAAAAAAUUAAAUUUAACAGUCGCUGAUUUAAAUUACUAAAUUUAAGUCAACAUCAAACAAAUGAAAAUUUACAAAUCUGUACUUUAAGAGUUUUGUACAUUUUAAGCAAAAACAAUCAAGUUGUCAAAAUAAUAAUGAAUUCAUCU